GUUGGCGUCGGCGCGCUCCUGCCCUGCGGGAGGCGAGACCACAGAUCCGGAGGCGCUGGACCCCGACCCGGGUGCCCGGACGAGAGGCUGGCACGCAGACGGCAGGACACCCCCAAUUAUGCUUCCCAGCGCCGUGGCUGCCCACGCUGGCGCCUACUGGGACGUAGUGGCUUCCUCCGGGCUGCUGAACCUCCCCGCCGCACCGGGUUUUGGCAACCUGGGCAAGAGUUUCUUGAUCGACAAUUUAUUGAGGGUCGGGGGCACCCCGCCGCUUGGACUGCAGCCACCUCUGCCCCCCGUCCCCGCGGCCACUGUCACAGCAUCCGCAGGCGCGCAGGUUCGGACCCUGCCAGCAAGCCCGGUACCGCUCAAGUUGUGCCCCUCUGCGGAGCCACUCAGUCCGGCUGUGGAGCCCUAUGGCACGCGCUGGGCCUUCCAAGUGCUCAGCCCCACGGCGGAGGGUGCCAGGCUUCCUGGCCGAUCCCCCGGAGACCCAGAUUGUCGCUACCCACCUUCCACUCCAGUGCCUUCCAAACCUUUUUUCCUGAGCUCUCCACCAUUCUACUCCGAGUGCUGCGGUGGAUCCUGUCAGCGCCCUGCAUCCCCCACUGCUUUCCCAAGAGAAGAGAGUGUGCUGCCUCUCUUCACACAGGAAUCGAAUUCCAAGGCUCGAAGGGGGAUUUUAAGAAGAGCUGUCUUUUCUGAAGAUCAGAGAAAGGCUCUGGAGAAAAUGUUUCAGAAGCAGAAAUAUAUCAGUAAAACAGAUAGAAAGAAACUAGCCAUCAACUUGGGACUAAAAGAAUCUCAGGUGAAAAUUUGGUUUCAGAACAGAAGGAUGAAAUGGCGGAAUUCCAAAGAAAAGGAGGUGCUUUCCAACAGGUGUCUUCAAGAAGUAGGCCUUCAAGAGGAGUCUCUCUCACAACCAGAGUUGGGUCUCUCUUCACCUUGUUCUUCGCUUUGGAGAGUUUCCCAACAGCACCCAAAUCCGAGAUGGGGGGAGAACUCACAAGAACCUUCAGAAACAUUUAUCAAGCAAGCUUCAGGUGCAACACCCCCAAAAGCGAAUGUACUGCAAGGUGCCUUAUAUUUGUGUUCGGAAAAAGAAUCUGGGGACAAGGGUGUACUUACUGGGGCUGCCUGAGUAAAAGCACUUCUCCAAAAUAAUUUAAGAGAAUGCUUUACUAGUAAUAUUUGGACUCAAAUCCAGCUAGCUGUGCCUUAUCAAACCUAACACCUUUGGAGUGAUGCAUAACUACUUCUCUCCAGUGUUCUCUUAGCUGGGUCCUAGAUUCAGACCUGAUUUGUAAGUAGGAAAAAUUUUCCACAAAGUGUUAUGGAAUA